AUGUCAUUCCCACUUGUUCCUGAACAAUAUGAAAUUCUUCAUCAAGUAGGAAGGGGAAUGUAUUCUAACGUUUACGAAGCGAAAUGCCUUGCAAAUCAACAAACACUUUGUGUCAAAAUAAUUAAUCUCGAAGAUUUCCCAUACCCGUUAGAGAACAUUCAGAAACAAACUUCUAUGUGGUCGAAGAGCAGUGAUCCAAAUAUUGUUCAAUACUACGGCUCUUUUGUAACAGGAGCUCAAGUUUGGAUUUUGACUGAAUUUAUGGACGCAGGUUCACUUGAAGAUAUUCUUAAAUACGGAUAUCCAAGAGGCAUUAAGGAUGAAUUAGCAUGCGCCAAUAUUAUAAACGGAUUUCUAAAAGCACUUGAUUAUUUCCACAGAUGUCAUCAAAUUCAUAGAAAUGUGAAGAGCUGCAACGUAUUGUUGAAUAGUAAAGGAGAAGCCAAGCUCUCAGAUUUCGGAUUAGCGACUUCAUUGAUACAAGGAGGCGUUCGAAAACAAGCUUGUUUAUCAAUGUUCGGUGAUGCAUGUUAUAUGUCGCCAGAAAUCCUCAAGAAUGGUGAAGGAUAUACAUGCAAAUCCGAUAUCUGGAGUUUUGGACUUACAGUCAUAGAAAUCGCUACAGGAAAAAUGCCUUAUCAAGGAAUGAAGUUCAUGGAAUCUAUAGUUAAUAUUAUGGAGAAGGAGGCACCUGAACUACCAGCAGAGUUUUCAGCUCCAUUUAGAGACUUUGUCAAGAGAUGUUUGACAAUGGACCCUCAAAAGCGUGCAACAUCAGAAGAACUACUUAAUCAUCGCUUCCUUAAGAAUGCUGAUGAAGGACUUCAAAAUACUCUCGGUAUUAUCAAUUUAUUACCUCCAUUACACGAAAGAUACGAAAAAUCGAAGCCAGGCGAAUCUCUUACACAACAACAACCGCAGCCAAAGGUUCCUGAUGUACAAUUCGAUUUUGAUGAAGAAGAAGCUAAAGCAGCUCCAAGAAGAAGCAGCAUCAUCGUAACAAGAAAAGCAAGAGACCACCACAAAAAAUCAAGAUUCAACAGCGUCAAUGUUACAAAAGAUGUCAAAGGACAAGAAAAAGUCGGAAGAUUUUCGAUUCACAGAAUAUCAAACGGAAACAAACAUGAUAAAUCAAAUCAACAUAAAAGACUUAACCAGUUAACAGAAGAUUUCAAAGAAGUUUCACAAGAUGUCAAGAAUUUACAGGAAGAACAAGAUGAUAUUCAAAAGAAGAUCUUUGAAAUACAGGAAAUGAUCAGAAAUUAUAAGGCGAAAUAA